CAAACUUCGCAAAGCACAGUAUAUAAUUUUUGUUAGACAGUUGAACUUUGAUUAAGAUUUGAAAAGUGUAAAUUAUAUAAAAUAUAUAAAUAUAUAUAAAUAUUAUUCUUACUUAGAUACUUUGGAAAUAUUAACAUCAUGCCUACUAAAUAUAAGUUAACAUAUUUUAAUGGACGAGGAAGGGCCGAGUUGUCUAGAAUGAUCUUCAAUGCUGCAGGCGUGAAAUUCGAGGACGAUCGGGUUGAAUUUUCACAAUGGCCACAGCUUAAAGCAGGAACACCACAAGGCUCACUACCGGUGCUUGAAAUUGAUGGAAAGAAAAGGAUAUGUCAAAGUUUUGCAGUUGCACGUUAUCUAGGAAGGGAAUUCAAAUUAUACGGGAAAGGGAACUCAGAGAUGGUAAUGGUAGAUCAGAUACUGGACACACUUUUAGACAUGUUUACCCCAUAUGUAACAAUAGCUUUUGGCAAGGACAGCGAGGAAGAAAAGAAAAAGAAGUUUGAAGAGUUUGAUACCAACACGUUACCUACGGUAUUAGGCAAUAUAGAAAAGCUUGUUGCAGAAACUGGAAAGAAAGGUUUUGCUGUUGGAGACUCGCUGACAGUAGCCGAUCUAGCAUUGUAUGUUUACCUUGAAAACUGCAAUGCACUCACAAAAGUACCCAAAGAUAAAUAUCCAGGUAUUGCGUCUAGUCUUGAAACAACUGCAAAACAACCAAAGGUAGCAGCGUACUUGAAGACACGUCAACAAACCCCCUUCUAGGAGAUGUUUCAUUACAUAAACCAAAUAUUUAAUACUACUUUUUAUACUCUACCUCUUAAAGUGUUUUCCUACACUUAGGUAAAAAUGUUGUCUUUUAUAAAACAAUAAAUAUCAAUUGUUUUGUAAUACAUGCCCAGUUGCCGGAAACAUAACAACGGACAGACGGAUGUCAUUUGUAUAACAUGUUUUGAUAUUAAGUAAGACUGAAUGAUGGAUCUGUUUUAUUUUGAGUUUAUAUAUUAUGUAACAGAUCAGAUAACGAAUGAAUUAACCAUUUUAUAUCUAUUGUGACUUUAUAUUGUGAUAAUGAAUUAAAUUCAUAAUUAAAUUUUCGAAUAAAAACCAUUUUA